AUGGGUCAAUCAGGCUCGAACGAUACGAAAUGGGCAUGGAAACUCAACGCAUUGCCGGGGGAGACUGGCACCAUAGUCAUAAACAUAUACCGCAACAAUACCUCCGAAGCUCCCAUCACGACUGAGUGUUCUGCUCUAUGUAAAGCUAAACAGUUCCUACAGGAUCACACCCCUGAGGGAAGCGGUCUAGUAAAACUCCUGCUGCCACUGAAGUCUGGAUAUGUAGUCCAAUCCGACUUUCUUGACCGGCGCAUGGUCGACUGUCUGAAUGUCGCCAAGGUCCAAGGCUUUGUCACACCAGGACAAUGCAUCGAAGGCUGCACUACCGAAGCAUACCAUGGUAUGAGCCUUGCAAGCUUGCUUCCGUACUGUUACGGAGCGAUCGUGGUACAAAAUGACAGCUCAUCUUCUGUUACAACCAAGUCUGCAGAAAUCAACCAUGAAUUGGUAAAACGGCUGUCCUUCUCUUGGCUCACAAAAAACCCUGUACCUCGAAAGCGUCUGGCGCUUGUUGGAGCUGGUUCCUUGGCCAAGGUACAAGGUUACUUGUUGGCCGCUGCCUCACUGAACAUAGCAAUGGUCGUGUUUGAUGAUUCCAGCCACUGGCUAUCUGAUGACGCAUAUAGCCACCUUCGCGAAGAAUUCGUGCCGCUAGACAUGACUGUGAAUAUGGACAUGGCCGACCGUAUUGCAGCGGCGUUGAAGGGAUAUCAACAUAGCCGGGAAGAGAAACACAUUGAUGGUGUGAUAAGUGUCGAUGAGCACCUUCAUACCAUCAUUGCCCAUACAGCCACACAGCUAGGUUUCAAGACAUCGCCUCCAGAGUCUGUGGGCUUGGUCCAGAACAAAUUCAAAACUCGCCAGCUUGACACAAACGUCUUUUGCCGACUCGUCCGCUCUCUGGGCGAUCUAGAGAAGAUGCUCUCCGAUGACAGACCACAGCUUGCCUAUCCCCUCAUCAUUAAACCUUCCAAGGGUUGGUCUUCUGAGGGCGUCUGGAAAGUAGCCAACGAGCAGGAAUUACGUGAAAAGGUGCCUUUGUUAUGGCGCGAAUCUUUCGCCGCCUGGCACGGAAACGAAGUUGUCAUCGAGACAUACGUCGAUGGCCCCGAAAUCGACGCAAAUAUGGUCCUUGUUGAUGGCGAGAUUGUCUUCUUCGAGGUUAACGACGACUUCCCCAGUGCUGGGGAUUACGAAAACAACGAAAGCGGUGCCCGCGUACAAAACUUUGUCGAGACGUCAAACAUGUUACCAUCAGCUCUUCCUCCGUACGAGCUUGAGUCGGUGCAGCAAAGACUACACGAGCUUGCCCUGGCCGCUGGUUUUAGAAAUGCUGUGCUGCAUAUCGAGGCCAAGCUGCGCAAUUCGAGCUGUCACUACGCCAAGACGGAUUCUGACUCGGAUGGACUUGUCGACCUGCAGCUCAAAACACCGGUAACCACGACAACACAGCCAAGGGAUGUCUUCCUCCUUGAAAUCAAUCCCCGCGCCCCUGGCUGGCAAGAGGUCGAAGCUACCGCACAUACAUAUGGCGUAUCGUAUUACAGCAUCUCCCUUCUAAACGCCUUGGCCGAUAAAGAGCGCAUCGUGUCCUUGUGCAAACCCUUCCUGGGUGGGCCCCAAUACCACAUGCAGCUACUAUUUGUCUCAGCUCAGAAGGGAGGCGUAUACAAAUUUGGCGACAUUUGCACAACGGUGUUGCAACCAGACUUGAAAGCCUCCGGUCAAGAACAGGAGCUUGGUGCUCACGUUGUCAAAUGUGCCAAUCUCAUGGAGGACGGUGAGGAAGUUCUUGAUCCUAGCACGGGACAAGUCUAUGGCAACUUUAUUGCCUUUUUCCUAGGUAUUUCUCGCACGAGCCGCAAGGAAGCGAUGCAUAUUGGGCGUGAGAUCGAGCGUCGGGUUAGGGAUCACACGGAUGGUUUCUGA